GCCUGAAGAACUUCCUGGAUAACUGCCAGCGCGUCCAGAACCGAGACCAGCUGGACCGGGACGGAGACGGAGUGGGAGACGCCUGCGACAGCUGCCCCGACACGCCCAACCCAAACCAGUCUGACAUUGACAACGACUUGGUGGGAGACUCCUGUGACACGAACCAGGACAGUGAUGGCGACGGUCACCAGGACACGAAGGAUAACUGCCCCUUCGUGAUAAACAGCUCUCAGCUCGACACGGAUAAAGACGGGCUCGGAGACGAGUGUGAUGAUGACGAUGAUAACGACGGGAUCCCAGACAACAUCCCCCCGGGACCCGAUAACUGCCGGCUGGUGCCCAACCCCGACCAGAUCGACGACAACGGUGAUGGCGUUGGAGACGUGUGUGAGUCGGACUUCGAUCAGGACAAAGUGAUAGACAGGAUUGAUAACUGUCCUGAGAACGCGGAGGUGACGCUGACCGACUUCAGGGCGUAUCAGACGGUGGUGCUGGACCCCGAGGGCGACGCUCAGAUAGACCCCAACUGGGUGGUGUUGAACCAG